AUUUUUGUGUUUGGAAGAUGUUAGAGAUAACAGUAACAAGGAUCAAAAGAGCGUAAGAAUUGAACCAACCAAAGCUUAGGAGCCUCUUUCUUAUGCUAGCAUGGAUCUUAAUGAUCUUAACAAAGUCUGGGAAAUCAAGCCGCUAAAAAGAAUCGGAGAAGAUGAAGCAAGGAAGAUUCUUGAAAAGGUAGCUAAGCAGGUUCAACCGAUAAUGCGAAAAAGGAAAUGGAAAGUCAAUGUUCUUUCUGAAUUCUGCCCUGCCAAUCCGUCACUUUUAGGGUUAAAUAUAGGACCGGGUGCAGAAAUAAAGAUUAGAUUGCGGAGGCCAAACUGCGAUUGGGAUUUCUUCCCAUAUGAGCAGAUUCUCGAUACCAUGUUGCACGAGCUUUGCCAUAAUGAACAUGGUCCCCAUAAUGCUCAGUUUUAUAACCUUUUGGAUGAAAUCAGAAGGGAAUGUGAAGAACUGAUGGUCAAAGGGAUUAAUAACACUGGGAAAGGAUUUGAGCUUUAUGGAAGACGUCUAGGUGGAUCCUCCCAGCAAGCACCUUUGUCAUCACUUCGCCAGACUGCAUUGGCAGCUGCUGAAAGCAGAGCACGUCAUAGCGCUUUGCUUCCUUCAGGACCUCAGUAUUUAGGUGGUGAUACAAAUAUUAAGUCUUCUCUGAGUCCAAUACAAGCUGCUGCCAUGGCUGCUGAAAGGAGACUGCACGAUGACAAGUGGUGUGGGUCAAAGUCUCAAAGGAGUGAGCCUCAAAGAAGGGAGAAUACAAGUUCUAGGGAAGCCUCUGCAAGAUCUAUUCAAACUUCAGCUAUCCAAUCCGCAACAGCCAAGGAAACAUUUGAGGGAGCAAAAUGGCAGUGCAACACUUGCACUUUGUUAAAUAAGCCAUUAGCAUUGGUAUGUGAAGCCUGUGGAACAGAAAUGCAGAAAGGUGUUUCCAAGUUCAAAGUUUGGUCUUGCAAAUUUUGUACUCUAGAAAACGGGGUUGAGCAGGAUAGAUGCUUAUGUUGUGGAGAAUGGAGAUAUUCAUAUGGUCCAUCAGUGGCCAUUCGUGGGCCUUACAUUGGUACCUAACCGAACCUAAGUUUUCAAUUGGCACCUAGCUGGACCAUAGUCAAUGAAUUCGUGUAAGUAUUUUGGUGAUGUAAUCACAACAUUUUAGCAUAAUAAUGCAUCUACUAGUUGAAGUUUUC